AUGGUUGCCUUCACUCCCGACUCCCGCGGGCGCAACAGCGUCACCAUCCACAACAAAGACGGCUCCAGCAUUACCGUCUACGAGCAGGGCGCGCACGUCAGCAGCUGGAAGACCAAGGAUGGCAAAGAGCAUCUGUACCUCAGCCCCACUGCCAUCUUUGCUGACCGCACCGCCCUGCGCGGUGGCGUGCCGCUGAUCUUCCCGCAGUUCGGGGCAUACGGCCCACUGCAGCCGUCGCACGGCUUCGCGCGCAUUCGUUCGUGGAACAUCGAGGAUGCCCAGAGCGGCAUGGCGACCUUCUCGCUGCGCGUGUCGCUGUGCGAGCUGCUGCCGGACGACUCUUCUCUUACAGAUUCCCCGCAGAACGCCAUUAACCUGCUCUACACAAUUUGCUUCAGCAACACCGAGCUGAAGCUCCGAAUGAAGGUCACGAACACGAGCGAGGAGCAGUCAGCACCGUUUCAGUUCGCCUUUCACACAUAUUUCGCAGUGUCCGACAUUUCGCAGACGGUGGUCAGCGGCGUCAACAGCUCCCCUUUUGUCGACAACUGCAAGGCGCGCGGCAACCCGAACACACCGCCAAGCCCACCGGAGCAACUGUGGAUUAUUCGCGGCGAGCACGACCGCAUUUACCCCGACCAAGCGUGCGCCAUCGUCCUCCAGGACCUGGGCGCGAAGGUUACGCUUCAAAUCUCCAGUCCUAACCUAAGCGACGUGUGCCUCUGGAACCCCGGUGAGUCCAAGUGCGCUUCGAUGAAGGACAUGCCACCGGAUGGCUACAAGCACUUUGUGUGUGUAGAGCACGGAAAAAUGCUGAAAAAGGUGGUGGUGCCGCCGUGCUCGAGCUGGACAGGCACGCAGGAGAUCGCCAUCACAGCUGAAAGCCCUUGUGAGUCGAACAUAUAG